ACCCCUUUCUCUUUCAGUCGUUCUGUUGCUUUUUGUUUGGGUUAACAAUAGAGAGAGAGAGAGAGAGAGAGAGAGAGAGAGAGAGAGAGAGAGAGAGAACAGAAGCGCGAGCUGCUCUCCAUGUAUUCAGUCUAGCGGAGCGGGCGAUGGAUGUGAGAUUUUACCCUGCACCUCCUUCAAGCGUGGGCUCCUGUACAUUACCCACCGACAGCAGCCUCUCCUCUCUGGACUAUUACCACUGCAACAAGAGCAGAUACGGUGUAGGAGGUGUUAGGCUGUACAGCGCUUUCCCCGUGAGGCACAACCCUGAGGAGAAAAGACUGCCCUCUUCAGGGUUUGAUGGUGACAACAUGUACAUGAGUGAGAACAACCAAGAGUUCCUCUCCCCGAGUCAGAAUUAUUCCGGACAGGGAGGGGGCAAUGGGAACGGCGGAGGAGGGGGAGACGAGGACUACGAGAUCCCCCCUAUAACCCCGCCGAAUCACCCCGAGCCACCGCUGCUGCACCUGAUGGACCCCGAGUCCAGCUACCUGUGUCACUCCAUCCCUCACAACGGCCUGAUCAACCCGUACUCAUACUCCGAGCUGCCCGCACUCAUGAUGUCCAACAUGCUCGCCCAGGACGGACAUCUGCUGUCCAGCCAGAUGCCCUCGAUGCAGAUGUUUGCGGGGCAAGCGGGCAGUCAUUACCCCCGUGCACACCACAGCCCCAUGCUAAACCCAUCUGCCCGGAUACUGCCCCACCCCAUGAGCGCCCUGUCCCAGCUCAGCUCUCAGAUUGGCCAUGGCUCCUUUACACACGGUUCCCCGUCAUCGUCAGGAAGUCAGUCAGCCACGCCCUCCCCCUCAAGCUCCGCCCAGGAAGAGGAAGCAAAGUACCACUCAAAGAUCACAGGAGAGAAGCGACCCUCCUCUGAUAUGAUGAAGCCCAAGCCCAAACCUCAGAAGAAGAAGAAGAAGAAGGACCCCAACGAGCCGCAGAAGCCCGUCUCAGCCUACGCACUCUUCUUCAGGGACACUCAAGCUGCCAUCAAGGGUCAGAACCCCAACGCCACCUUUGGAGACGUCUCCAAGAUCGUGGCCUCCAUGUGGGACAGUCUGGGAGAGGAACAGAAACAAGCAUACAAACGGAAAACAGAAGCAGCGAAGAAGGAGUACCUGAAGGCCCUGGCAGCGUACCGAGCCAGUCUGGUUUCCAAGACCUACAGUGACCCGGUGGAGAACAAAAGUGUCCAGUCUAGUCAGCCGUCGUCACACAUGAUGGGCCCCAACGCCUCCCUGUACAGCGUCCCACCCCAGCCCUCCUCCCCGUACCUGGGCCCCAGCCCCUUUCCUCUCUCAGACCUCCAGAGCUACGCGGCGGGGGCUCCCAGACACGGCCUGCCCCGUUCAGCCAUGCUGCCCGCGCUCAGUGCCUCUCCCCCAGCAUCCUUCCAGAUCAGCCCUCCCCUCCACCAGCAGCUCUCUCUGCACCAGGGCUCCCUCCUCAACCAGCCAAUCCGCAUGCAGCAGGUCCAGUCACAGCCAAUCAUCUCUCACCAGAUGGGCCUCCAGGCUCCGCUGCACUCCCCACCCCCAGGACAGCAGGGAUUCUCUCACUUACAGUCCGAGUAUCAGAAGAGUGUGGGGGGGUCUCAGUCUCCAGGGGCUCCGAACCCAGCGGGCCAGAACCCCGACUGGGACAGCGAGUACUGCAACCGGGAAUGUGGCGGAAACCACUGCAGUGGCAGUAUGAUAGGCAGGGACAAGCCACUCUACCUCACUUGAAGCAAAACAAGGAGAACGGAAAGAGAAAAGAUGAAACAACACCAGGGAGUCCACGGCACCCUUCCCAGACAUCAUCAGUUUCCCUCAGUGUCAUUUUUCAUUCGUUUUUAGAAGGAUGUGUGUGUGUACGCGUUCUGAAGACUACUAGUGAUCCUUUCAUUUUUGCCAAGCACUUAAAAAUGUACAGGCCUCUCCGUCAGAGACCUCAGAGAGCACUCACCCUGUCUCUGAAUAAACUUAAAAGAAAAACACAAAAAAAGAUGUAUAUAAAAACGAAAAGGAAAAAAACAAAUAAAGCAAACUACCAUUAAACUGGCCCUCAGGGCAAAUGAGCUUUAACUAAAACAGAGGAGAUCUCUCCUCGUAGUUUCUCAGUUACUUUCCCUCUGGUCUCAUUUUUAUUUUAUUUUCAUUUUUUUUUGUUUUGCUGUUGUACUUACUGUUGUAUUUAUUUCCUGCUUGCAACAUAGCGCUUCUUUUGGCUGAUAACAGGUCCUUUACUUUAGAGAAAAUACUCUUCUGAGUGCGAUACGUUGCUGUUCAACUAAUGCUAAUAAUGUGAAUUUUAGGCAAAAAAUAAAAAUAAAAUAGACAGGAAAAAAGUAAUACACAAAUGGAAAAAUUGAUACAAACAACUUCUUUUUGUAAUUUUAAAGACCCGUGUAGGUCUUUGUUGAUCUGUCACAGUGUGAUUGUAAAUAUCACUUUUUUUUGGGGGGGGUCAAAUUGGGAAGAUGAAGUCCAGAUAUUCUUUUUCUUCUUUAAUAUUACUUUUAAUUCAUUGAUUUGUAUUUUAAAUGGUAUUUUGUGAAUGCGUGCCGGUUUGAAUGAGUGUGUGUGAGUGUAUUUGUGUGUUGUGUAACUGAACAGCCUGUGCAGGUGAUAUCAGAAGAGUUUCCACACGUACACAAUCUUGCAUUAAAAUCUGUGCUCACUGGUGUGAAAAAAAGAUCUAUGGCAAAAACCAUGACAGACUGCAUGACCUGGCUCUCCAUUUAGGCUCCCCGAUUCAUCAGAGCCUCAUUUUUGGUUUUAAAGCAUGACUGUAUGGAAGUCUGUUUCCAUCACUGAAUACACAAUUAAAAAAAAAAGGUAAUUGUGUCUUUUUAUUUCACAAUUCUUUUUUUCUUGCAAUUGCAAGUUUCGUUUUGCAGUUCAGACUUUUUCUCAGAAUUGCAUGAUAAAACUAGAAAUUCUAACUUUUAUCUCAGAAUUGCGAGAUAUAAUUCUGAGACAGUCACAAUUGCAAGAAAAAAGUCAGAAUUGCAAGAUAC